CGAGCUCCGAGAGAGUUGUGUCCACCGAUCCGCGGUUCGCGUCACUCUGUUUUUUUCUUUCGGCGCCCCAACAAAGAAUUCCCAGCAGAAAAUAACAAUAAAAAAAACAUUCAACACUUAUGGAAAUCUAAUUGAAAUGUUUACGGCUUAACGGGCAAAAAGUAUAUAUACACAAAGGCGAAUAUAUUUUUUAAUGGCCACCGGGAAGUGCAUGCAAAUGUGCUUACUUGUUGACUCGCGGAAUAUCCAAUAGAUACGAAAAGUGGCAAAAAAUACAAGUGACGUGUGUGCAGUGCAAGUGUGUGUGUGUGUAUGGUCUAUAUGGUCUAAAUGAAAUAUGCAGACAUCGGUGUAGCCAGCAGAUCGACAUUGUAAUAUCAUGGAGCUGAGCAACUUUUCGAGCGGCAAGAAGAUGUCACGCGAGGAGCGACGCUACUCGGUGCCCCACGGACCCAAUACUCCGCUGCCACCGGCGGCAUCCGAGGACCUGCACGCCUGGUCCAUCUACAGGCAAAACCUGAACUCUGACUUCACCGAUUCGGCUCUCGGGUCUUCGGACAAAUCACCGCUGCCAUAUGGAAACUUCCAGCUACGCGAUACCACAGUUCAAUCGAUCUUAAACCAUCCGCGCUACGGACCCAAAUCUCCCCUGGGCUCAAAUAUGUACACAUACUUGAAGUUUGGACUGCCGCGCGUCUUUCCACCCAACGCCGGAUCGCAGCGCUCGCAUCGUCCUGGUCCGGGACCGGGAUCGGGACCUGGCCACGGUCACGGUGGCUCCAGUGCUCUGGGCGGAGUACGGGGACGGGUGAACCGGGCGUUCAGGGACAGCUCGGGAGUGCCGGCGGGAGCAGGGAGCAGUGGCUACGACAGCAGCGACAACGAGACGACCCGCAGCAGGGUGCCGCCGAACCUGCGGAAGUACCGCAGCGAAUCCGACUUCCGUGCCAUCGGCGGCAUGCCACACUCGCGUCCGGAGUCCAGGGCUCAAAUCGGAGGAGGAGGCGUUCCCAUGGCGGCGCUCCGGCAGGCGAACAGCCGGGCGAGCAUCGCGGUGGGCCAGCACCACCACCAGAUGCAGCAGCACCAGCAGCAGCAGUACGGCAAGCACUACGGGCACAGGUCGCACAGCGAGGCGGAUCUGCUGGGAGCGGGAUUGAGCCAGGUGGAUGGCGUCAAUCUGGGCUACGACUACAACGAGGCCAGGUUGUACGGCAGCUCCAGGCAGUACGGCAAUGGAAACGGAAUCAGCCACAAUCCGGGCAGCCGGAAGCAGUCGGGCAUGGGCCUCAUCUACCCGAACAUCCAGGUGCACUGCCUCGACGUGAAUCCCUGCCUGCGCGGCGUUUCCAUGCAGGCCAAGGCCGGGGACCUGUUCGCCAUCAUGGCCACCUCGCAGCGGGAGGGAAGUGCUCUGGCGGAGUGCUUGGCGGGAUUGAGCGAGCGGCUGGGCGGCGAGAUCCUCAUCAACGGACAGCAGGUGAGUCGCCGCGGUCUGCGGGAGCUCUGCAGCUAUGUGCCGGCCCUGGAGGUCUCCUCGCUGGAUCCCCGGAUGAGUGUCCAGUGCACCCUGAACUUCCACGCUGCGCUGCGAGGUCCGCUGGAUCGCAGCGAUCUGGAGGAGCGCAUGGAUGUGCUCAUCGAGGACUUGGGGCUGAAUACGGUGCGGGCCUCCAAUGUGUCCACUCUGACCCACUCGGAGAAGCAGCGGCUGAGCGUGGCCUGCCAGCUGCUGGCGCAGUCUUCGCUGCUGAUCCUCGACCAGGUGACCAGCAACAUGGACAUCUUCGACACCUUCUUCCUGGUGGAGUACCUGCGCCAGUGGUGCAGCGGCGGUCGCAUCGUGAUCAUGACCCUGCAGCCGCCCACCUUUGAGAUCCUGUCCAUGUGCUCCGGCGUGCUGCUGCUCUCCGGCGGAAGGACCGUCUUCUCCGGCAGUCGAGCGGACUUGCCGCGUCACAUGGGUGAACUGGGUUAUCCCUGUCCGCCCUUCAAGAACCCAGCGGAUUAUUACUUGGACUUGGUCACCCUGGACGACCUCUCGGCAGCCGCCAUGCUGGAGUCCUCGGCGCGCAUUGAAUCCCUGGCCAAUGCCUGGGACCAGAUCAACUCGGAGCCUCCGCUGGCUGCUCCGCCUGCCUCGCUGCCGAACUUCACCCUGAAGGCCGGAUUCUUUGGCCAGAUUAGUGCCCUGAUCAAACGAUUCGCUGGCUACAAGCAGCCGGGAUCGCUGCUCACCUGGAUCAGCAAGCUCAUCUCAGCUGCUGUGCUUUCCCUCUGCAUUGGAUGCAUCUUUUGGGAUGUGCCGGCCUCGGAUCCGCAGCUCAGUUACCACGAUCGACUGGGCUACCACCAUUGCGUCAUGGUGCUGAUGUACUGGCCACUGGUCAUGCUCACCAUUCGGGACACGCAGGAGGAUCGUCGUCAUGCGGAGCGGGACAUCCGGUUGGGAUUAUACACUCGCAGUCUCUACAUCAUAGUGCAGAGUCUUCUGGGCCUGUUCCCCAGUCUGUGUAUCUGGUUGGCCUACCUACUUCCUGCCCACAGCAUGGCUGGACUUUACACCUACUCCAACAGCAGCGACACGGGCAUCUACUUGUACAUGGGCUACAUGCUGCUCUACUUGACGCUCAUCCAGACGGUGGCCCUGUUCUGUGCCCACCUGCUGCCCUGCAAGGUUUGGGCCAGCAUUGUCAAUGGGUUAAUUAGCCUGGCAGUUUCCUCAGUGGGAGGCUACCUAGUGCAUCCACAAAAUCUGGCCAAGUUUUGGUCCUGGCUGCAGUUCGUCUCCCCGGAAAGAUGGCUGCUUCCUGUCCUGGUGCAGGAUGAGUACAGUGCCGAGACCUUGUCCAACUCCGCCGGACUGCAGUUGUGCCGCAACAAGCAGGUGCAGCACCAGGAGAUCAUUGUCCAGCAGCCCUGCCCGCCGCCCAACGGCACCCAAGUGCUAGUCGACUUCGAGCUGCUACCCCAGCAGCACGUGCUGGAUCCCACUGACAGCUAUGACCAGACCACCUCGAUGGCCCUGGUCCUCGGUUCGGUGCUCGUCUUCUUCGUCACCUUCAUCGUAUUUUUGUGCAAUUGUCGCGGCGCCUGCCGGAGGAAGCGGAGUCGGUAGGCCACUAAUCGCGACCAGGAGCUGGCCAGGAUCUGGAAUCCGAAUGACCAAUGGCCCAGCGUCCCGAACUGUACAUUCCAUAGGAACUAAUUUUUUAAAUAAAUAGUGUUUAGUCGAGGCAGCGUUCGUUUAACUAACUAAA